ACUGGAGAGGGGCUCCCAUCGCUCCCUUUGGGAUCAGGGGAUGCUGUGGGAAUCUCUUUGGGAAUGGGAUCCCCCAGGAGAGGAGGCAGGAUUCCCUCCACGUGGGAUCCACUGCCCACCCGGCCUGGUCAUUGCUAAUCCUGACACCUCCUCCCCCCAGAGCAGGGGAAGGACACUGGAUUACCCCUGGGGAAAGAAGGGAGGUAAAUAAUCCUAUUACCCCCAGGCAGGAUAAAUCUCCCUCCCCGAAAAGCCCCCCAGAACAUUUCCAGGCCGUGGGACAGGGAAGCAGGCAGAGGGAGCAGCUCUGGAUUCGGGAAUCGUGGGACUCUAGGGGGUGAGGAGCCGUGCCGGGCCAGCGCCGGGGCCGCAGGGAGCGCCGGAGCCGGGGCUGCCAGCCCCCCACAGCCAUGAGCCUGGAGCCCCCCAAACCGGAGCUCAAAUCGGCCACCAGGGUCACCGGGGGUCCUGCCACCCCCCGCAAGGGACCCCCCAAGUUCAAGCAGAGGCAGACGAGGCAGUUCAAGAGCAAACCCCCCAAAAAGGGGGUGCAGGGGUUCGGUGAUGACAUCCCAGGCAUGGAGGGGCUGGGAACAGACAUCACUGUCAUCUGUCCCUGGGAAGCCUUCAGCCACCUGGAGCUGCACGAGCUGGCCCAGUAUGGAAUCAUUUAGGAUUUGGGCACGCUCACCAACCCCGUAGUGCUGCAUAGGUCCAGGCCCCCCUGUCCAUGCUGGGGGGCUCAGCUUGGAAAAAUGCUCAUUAAAC